UAAACAAUUUAUUAUUGUCAAAAUAAACCUAUUCUAUUAUCUAAUAAAACCAUAUGACAAUUACCCUAUAUAUAAUGUACUCUGUGAUUACAAUGACAUUGUGGAUAUUCGCAAAAGAUAUUAUAAUUUUCUUAUUAUUUUAGGAUUUUAAUUAUUUUACUAAUUAGUUUAUUUUACUUUAAUAUUAAAAUAAUGGCAAACGAAAGCGAAGUCCGGUCAAUUGUAUCUGUAUCUUCUAAGUCCGAGGGCAGUACGACUGCCGUCGCGAAGACUUACUGGCGAAAUGCAGCUCUGCAUGAUCGAUGCUCCAUGAGUGAUAUGGUGAAGCUUAAAGAAGCAUUUGAGGCGGCGUACAAGAACAAGAUGCUGCCGACAGAGUUUAGGACAUUAUUAAAGACCAUGUUGAAUGUGGACUAUGACGACGACGAAUUUAAAAUAUUAUUUUUAAAGAUAAACACUAGCCGCACCGGAGAGAUCGAUUGGGACGAGCUAGUAUCUCAUCUUAUCCUGGGCUACUUUGGAAAUGAUGCAGAGAACCAGCGGGAGUCACUUCAGUUACCAAUCAUGGGUCUCCCGGUUACCAUGCGCUCUCAACACAGGCACCCCAUCUCAAGGAUAUGCUUCUGUCCUGAUGUCGCCAAGGAUCGCAGUACCGACCCCAUGCAGGGGUCGUACAUAACAGCGAGCCGCGACGGCAUGAUCAACUGGUGGUCUCUCGACAUGGUACUUCUCAGAACCGCGUUUUCGUCCAGUCCCACGCUGAAGGUGCGCGCCACCUGGGUGACAGACAUGGUGUGCAUGCCGGACGUGAACAUUAUCGUCACAAGCUCCACGGAGCGCGACCUGCGCUUCUAUGACUGCACAGCAAAGACUUUCACCUUAAAGAUAGUGAUCACCAGCUGGGAGUAUAUGAUUUGCACCAUGUACUAUCACUUUGAGAAGGAUGUCAACGACCAGUGUAUGCUGAUAUGCGGCGAUGUCGGCGGGAAUGUCCGGGUUUUGCUAUUUUCGCCAGUGAAGCGCGGCCCUUUCAAGAACGAGGCGGGCCGUGCUCUUAUAACACUGCGGCAUAUAGACCUGCAGCGAAGGCCUCAUUUGCUGCCGGAGCUGCGCCUGGUGGAACUGUACCGCAUGCACGCGGAGUGGGUCCGCCAGGUCUCGUACUACGCAUCGCUGCACUGCGUCGUGUCCUGCUCUACUUGCCAAGACUCGUUACUCAUGUGCGACAUGCACGGCUCCAAGACGCACAAUAUGUUUAGAGUUGAAAAGGGAAUACAGUGCUUCGCUUUUGAUGAGGAGGCGCAUAUAUUGGUAACUGGAGGUCCAGACUGCGUGGUCCGGGUGUGGAACCCCUUUGUACCAGCUAAAGCUAAUGUGACCUUCUUUGGACACCACGCAGGCAUCACCUGCAUCGUGUUGCAGCAUAAGGGCCAGACCGUGUACUCGUUGUCAAGGGACAGAGUCAUCAAGGUGUGGGACGUGCAGGGUCAGAUGUGCGUGCAGACGUACAUCGAUAUUCCUCCGGUGGUGGGCGAGCGCACUCCGAUCUCUGCUGUUUACAACCCUGCAACACGCGAGCUAAUCCUAGCGGCCAUCAAAAUAGCCAUCAUAGUGCUGGACGAGCAGCUGAACCCGCUGCACACUGACGGGUUCACUCACUCGCGAGCCGUCGCCAAGGUCCUCUAUAACCCGCUGUUCAAAGUCAUCAUCACGUGCGGUAUGGAUAGUAUUAUUAUCAACUGGAAUCCGGUUAGUGGGAAGCGCAACGUGAUGGUCCGCGACGCGCACGUGCGACUGCUGCACGGCGAGCUGAUCCCCGUGGAGAUCACCGCGUCCUGCUUCGACCCCGGCUACCAGCUGCUGCUCACCGGCGCCAGGAAUGGCGAACUAAAGGUGUGGAACUUUAACACAGGCUUGUGCUUGAGAGUAAUGACUAUUGAGCACAUGUGUGAAGUCACUAACUGCUUUUGGGUAGAAGGCAGAAUUCUAGCUGUCGGCUGGAACCGCCACGUGACGGAGUUUGAAGACACCGGCAUGGCCAUGACCGGCAAGAACUGGGAGACGCGCCACACUGACGACGUGCUGGCCGCGGCGGUGCGGCCGCCACUCACGAUCGCCACCGCCAGCUACAACUCCGAGCUCAUCAUGUGGAAGCUGGAGACCGGCCAGCCCUACAGACGUUUUUCAUGCACAGAGCCGAUGCUUCGUAUUAAAAUGCACUACAGCAAGCGUGAUUCUGUUAAACCUCCAACCCCUCUAGGAGUGGGCGAGAGAGCUAAAAAAGGAUCUCCGAUUCGCAAACCUAAUAUGGGCGCGGCGCGUGACAACAUCAACCCGUCGGCAGCCAUCCAGAAGGCGACGGCGCGGCGCGUGUCGUGCGUGUCCAUGCCCACGCGCGCGCAGAACAUGCGCCACCUGGCUGUGCACGCCAUGAUCUUCCUGCACACGCGCCCGCAGCAAAUGCAUGUCGCUUCCCUUUUAUUGGCGUUGGAGAACGGGCAGAUCCAAUGCUGGUCGGACCACCCGGCCGGCGGGUACCAAGGCUCGUUCCAGGCGCACCACACGGCCGGGGACUACGUGUCGGCCUUCGCCACCGACAUCAACAACGAAUUCCUUUUCACUGGUACCACAGCAGGAUAUGUCAAAGUCUGGCUCAUGAGCAACUACCUGAGGAAUGAAAAGAUUCACGUGAACAUGCCGCGCUUGCGGCUGAUGUUCCCGUUCCUGUGGCGGGACCGCAUCGAGGGCCGCGCCAAGCGCAGUGCUCGCGACCAGCCCAAGCCCCUGUUGCUCAACAGCUACCGCGCCCACCUGCGUUGCGUCACCACGCUUGCCUAUAUAGAUGAACAAAAAUUGGUAUUUACCGGCAGUUCAGACUACAGCGUGCGCGUGUGGCGACUGUCAGGAGAGUACCUGCAGACCCUAGGCAGCUUCCUGCCCUGGACGCUAGAGGUCACCCGCUUCCCGCCCGACGUCAAAAAAGUGGCCAGCUUUACCACUUUCAAGGUGUGGCGCGGCGGGUACGUGUCGCGCUACGUGCCGGGCCAGCAGGAGGUGGACAAGCUGCGCGACAUCACGGAGCACGAGCUCAAGCACAAGACGUUCGGCGAGCCGCCCGAGGAGCCGCUGCUGGGGCAGUACUUUUCGCUGCCGCACCGCCCCGACCGCCAGGACAAGAUACACCUCGACGACUCACUGCCCACGAUUCCGCUGUACACGCACCUGCGCAUGGCGUCGACGCAGCCGGUGCGGCGGCCGCCCACGCCCGAGCUGGUGCGCGAGACCCGGCUGCGCCGCGCCAAGACCAAGAAGACGCACUUCGAUGGCGCGCCCACCACCACGCAGCUGCAGCUCCAGCUGCCGCCCUCCACCUCGCUCACCACGCAGCCCACUGUCACUCCGCCGCCACCCUAGUAGCCCACCACCACUAUACAUUGCUUUCCUACGUACGUUCUGUUACACAGGCUCAUUAUUCCUCAAGUUUGUUGUCAGGCAGUGCACAAGCAUUAACCGACCACCCGAUGUACUUAGGAAAAAUGAGAUUAUGAGUAUUAUCUUAAAUCGUAAUAAAAAUGCAUUUGAAAAGUUA